AUGGUCAACUCCUGUUGUGGCUCUGUCUGCUCUGAGCAGGGCUGUGACCAAAGUCCCUGCCAGGAGAGCUCCUGCCAGCCCAGCUGCUGCCAGACCACCUGUUGCCAGACCACUUGCUGCCGCCCAGUCUGCUGCCAGACCACCUGCCGUCCCAGCUGUGGAGUGUCCAGCUGCAGCCGCCCAGUCUGCUGCCAGACCACCUGCCGUCCCAGUUGUGGAGUGUCCAGCUGCAGCCGCCCAGUCUGCUGCCAGACCACCUGCCGUCCCAGUUGUGGAGUGUCCAGCUGCAGCCGCCCAGUCUGCUGCCAGACCACCUGCCGUCCCAGCUGUGGAGUGUCCAGCUGCAGCCGUCCUGUCUGCUGCCAGACCACCUGCCGUCCCAGCUGUGGAGUGUCCAGCUGCUGCCGCCCAGUCUGCUGCCAGACCACCUGCCGCCCCAGCUGUGGCGUGUCCAGCUGCUGCCGCCCAGUCUGCUGCCAGACCACCUGCCGCCCCAGUUGUGGAGUGUCCAGCUGCAGCCGCCCAGUCUGCUGCCAGACCACCUGCCGUCCCAGCUGUGGAGUGUCCAGCUGCUGCCGCCCAGUCUGCUGCCAGACCACCUGCUGUAGUACAACAUGCUGCCGCCCCUCUUGUUGA